CGAGUGCUUUUCUCCAUGGAAAGCUUUUUGUCCAACCGUCUUAUAUCAGGAUUUUUUGUAUGCUUUGCCUGAAAAGUAAAUUAAAGCAAGCGAGCUAGAUAGACUUCAAAGCAAUUACAAUAAUAAUGAAAUGGCUGCUGGUUCUGCUACCAUCAUGCAUGAUGUAUUGUUGUUAUUAUUCGUUCAUUGUGGCGGCAUUCGGCGGUGGUGUGGCGGCGGAAGGGCGGCGGCGUGCGUUUUUCGUGUUCGGAGAUUCAUUGGUGGACAACGGGAACAACAACUACCUGGCCACCACUGCACGCGCCGACUCGCCGCCCUACGGGAUUGACCACCCCACCCACCUUCCCUCCGGCCGCUUCUCCAACGGCCUUAGCAUCCCCGAUUUCAUCAGUGAAAAACUGGGGACGGAACCCAUAUUGCCAUACCUGAAUCCGGAGCUCGACGGGGAAAAGCUUCUGGUGGGAGCCAACUUUGCGUCCGCCGGAGUCGGUAUAUUAGACGACACCGGAAUACAAUUCGUGAAUAUAAUAAGGAUACACCAACAGCUGGACUAUUUUGCAGAAUACCAAGGGAGGUUGAAUUCAUUGGUUGGGAGUGACAAUGGCACAAAGGUGGUAAAAGAAGCCCUUGUCCUAAUCUCCCUUGGCGGAAAUGACUUUGUCAACAACUAUUUUUUGGUCCCCUUUUCUGCAAGAUCUCGCCAAUAUGCCCUUCCCGAUUAUGUCGUCUUCAUCAUCUCUGAAUACAAGAACGUCCUUAAGAGACUAUACAAUUUGGGAGCUCGAACGGUGAUAGUUACAGGGACCGGUCCUUUGGGGUGUGCGCCAGCAGAAAUGGCGCAACACAGCAUAGAUGGUGAUUGUGCUUCAGAGCUUCAACGCGCCGCUUCCCUUUACAACCCUCAGCUCGUCCAAAUGGUUGAAUCUAUUAACAAUGACAUUGGAUACGAUGUUUUUGUCGCUGCCAAUGCACAUAAAAUGCACAUGGAUUUCAUCACCAGCCCUCAAACUUUUGGAUUUGUGACAUCACGGGUGGCAUGUUGUGGACAAGGACCGUACAACGGGUUGGGAUUUUGCACCCCGCUAUCCAACUUGUGUUCCAAUAGAGAGGAAUAUGCAUUUUGGGACGCAUUUCACCCAUCAGAGAAAGCUAAUAGAAUAAUUGUUGAUCAGAUGAUGGUUGGGUCCAACGAUUACAUGCACCCCAUAAACCUUAGUACCAUAUUGACAAUGGUUUUACCAUCACUCGAUUAAUUUAAAUUGUUUCUCAUGAUAUAUAUGUGUAAAGAAAGUUGAGUAUAUAUUAUUUGGUAGUAUGAAUCAUCAUUGAUUGCUUUGUUUUUGUAAAGAAAGUUGAGUAAAUAUUGUGUCUUUUU